AUGUCUGCGUCUCCAUCAGAACAAUUGCAAAUGGAAGUGGUUCAUCCGAUGAUCAACGCUACUGAAUCAUACUCGCCUUCUCACAGCUUACGACUCUUCUACGACAGCUGUUCAAACUUUUCUUUCCUGCAACACCUUCAUAGGAGCCUGGUCAAGGGCCAUGAAGAGGCUCCCUCGGCAGCAUCUAGGCAGAGGGAUACGUUGCGGGAACUGGAAUUAUACAAGCAUCGGCAGCUGUUUUUUGCUUCCCGUUUCCCUGGCCAUCAGCGGCCGAUGCACAGUGAAGGAGAGCUCAUGUUUAUGUCCCAUGAAGGGGCAACUUCCUUCCUAAAUGACUUCACCAGUGCCGUAAAUGGUCGACCGACUGCUGUGUACCUUCAGCUCGGUGCAGCCUCUCGGGUGGCAUUUGCCAUUGGACUUCAUAAAGACAUCGAUUAUCAAUCCCCUGGAGAGGAUCGGGAAAAGCGAUUGGAGGCUAACCGGACAACAUUCUGGUGCCUUGCUUUUUGGGAAUGCUGGACAACAUUUGUCUCGGGCAGGCCCAGUUCCGUGCACAUGGGCGAAACCUCAUGCUUGUACCCAACUCAUCAGAUCUUUGUGCAAAUGCUCGGUCGUCUGGGAAUGACCAUAUCCAAGGCAAAAGCCUCUAUGUACGGGCCGAAUCAGUUAUCUGCCUUGGGUCUAUGGCGCGCUGCGCAAGGCCUACAUGCUGGGUGUCUAGAAUUUGCCGAUGAAACUCGCAAGGCUCUCGGAUUCAGCAUAGACGGAAAGAUAGCCUCCCAUGUUGUAGAUAUACGACAAGUAUAUCUGACGAACUUCUAUCAACAUACGGUCAUGUUAAUCUUCAAGCCCUUCCUCAUCAUCCACGCCCUGUUGCAAAGUCCAUCUGCCACCAGCUUCGUCCAACAACACAAGCACAAGUCUCCCCAGGAAGCCCCCUCGUCCGAGAUCACAUGGCUUACCGAAGCAUGUACUCGCGCUAUCGACGCUACCUCUCGAUUGAUUAUUUUCCUCUCAGAGUCCAUCGACUUGAACCCGGUCAUAAAGACUCAAUGCUACACAGCGUGGCAUAUUGAGUACGCCUGCUUCAUGCUCUUCCAAGACAUGGUUCGAGAUCCCACACUCACCAACGCCCGGAUGCUGCCUAUAAACUCCGCCAUCACCUACCUUUCCAAAUUCACCAGUACCAAAGUUGUCCCCGGCGUGACUCACACCAUCGUGACUUUGCGCGAUAGCAUUUUGAACCUUGCUCAACGAUCUUACUCCCACCCGACAAACGAUGCCCCGGAGCAGGAAGAGUUCCCGGUGCGACAAGAUGCCCUUGACACCGAGAAGCUCCAAGGCCAUGACUUGAUCAACACGGACCUAUCUGAUCCCUUUCCCCACAAUGGUCUGCAUGACCCUUUCGUUCCUGACGGACUGGAUUUCGAACAGCUCCUUUUUCAGGCCGGAGACUAUGAUAUAGGAUUCGAUCCGGUGCCGGCUGAUUGGAGGAUCGACUUGGGCUGGGAUGCAGAUUUGGCUUUCACAGAACAACUGGAACAUGUGAAUGGGUGGGGCUCUUCCUGCAGGGAUCAGGAAUAUCAAUACCUUUGCGCCUAUCUGCAGUUGCUUGCAGGAUUAUCGUAG